CACUGUAGUCUACUCUACUUUUCAGUGCUCAAGUUGACUUCGGCAGCACCAUACGCUCACGUUCGGUUGCAUUGCAAAUGGCGGAAUCAUUGCAUAACCAACAUCCCAGCAGUCGGAUUUGUGUGCAAAACAUUUUCUUUUUACUUCUGUUAUUCAACGAGUCCUUCUGCUCUUUGAAACUCUCUGUAUCCACAAGAAAUGAAACUACAGCAGAGGGCCGUGAGAUAUUAGUGACAAAUCUCAAAAGUCUCGGAGCUGACUUGACAGAAUCGGUGGAGUUCAACGAUCGCCAACUCACCGAGACUCUUUUGACAGAAAUAAAAGAUGUUUGGCGAAGACUAAUGCAGCAACCGAUGAAUGUGUCAUUUUCGUUAGAGGAUGACAUCACCAAUUCGAAUGAUGACCUCACACAUUAUACAGCGAAACUACUUUUCCUUGCCAAGGAUCGGCGCUGUGAGUCACCUUUUGAGACUUUUUUCAAGGAUCAGUGUCUUCCUAUCCGAAGCAUCGAAGAUUGCCCAGAAAAUAUGGAACUUUACGACGGUCCAAACAACGAAGGAUUUUGCGACUGCCAUUCUGACGUCAAAGGCAACAAUAGCCUACGGCUGAUUUAUUGGGAUGAAACCGGUAAAUGCUACUUUCAAAAUACUCAGGGCCCCUGCGAUGUUGGUCAAUGGUUCGUACUGAAAGACGUUCCAAAAUGUGAGCUGAUUCCCGAAGGAUGCCCAGCUGAUGGUGAACACGUCUACGGGACUAUGAGAAAUUUUAAAAGUUCAGAAGCAUCAAAGUGUUGGAAGAUUGGAAGUCCCUGUUCAAAAUCAAACAGUAAAACAUCCGGCAUGACUUCCCAAUCCGGCGUGAAAGUCGCGCAAGUUGAGCAAUCAGAAGACGGAAAUUUGCGCGUGUUUUGCGACGUGAAAAAAUAUUACGUUAAAGCUACUUCCGAAUUUUCAGUGGGGUUCAAGCCUUCGUGUAACGCGGGUACUUAUCGUAGCCGAUUCGACAAAUGCGCCCGGGGAUUUUGGGGCUGAAAAACAAAAUGCACGCUUUUAAAAUAACGCCAUUGGAAAUGAAGAGAAGCAAUAAUUGUAAAAGCCUUAACUUCAAUUUGAACUAUUUGCGUUUUGUACUUUUCCAUUUUCUGAUUUCAUAUUUUCGCUAAAUGAUUCACAAGCCCACUAACAUUCGUCAACUUUAUUUUUCAACCUGAAUGUUAUUUUGAAUGAUUGAAAUACAAUCAGAUUAGUUU